AUGCGUCCGCUCACCGAAGAUGAGACUUCCCUUGUAUUUGCCAAACUGGCCACGUUCAUCGGAGACAACGUCUCAAUGCUGAUCGACAGAAACGACGGAGAUUACUGCUUCAGAAACCAUAAGGUCCUUCCGUCCACUUCCCGUUCUCCCAGCCAACCUCAUAAUCUCACUUUCAGGAACGCGUUUAUUACUGCUCGGAGAAUCUGAUGCGUCAGGCGGCGUGCAUCUCUCGCGAGCCGCUGCUCUCGUUCGGCACGUGCCUCGGCAAGUUCACAAAGUCGAAGAAGUUCCAUCUUCAAAUCACCGCCCUCGAUUAUCUGGCUCCGUACGCAAAGUUCAAAGUGUGGCUGAAGCCAAACGCCGAGCAGCAGUUCCUCUACGGAAACAACAUUCUGAAGUCGGGAAUCGCCAGAAUGACCGAUGGAACUCCGACGCACGCUGGAAUCGUUGUCUACUCGAUGACCGAUGUUCCCUUGGGGUGAGCGCUCUGCGAAAAGUAUACGAAUGAGAAACGGAUUGAUUUCAGAUUCGGAGUGUCAGCCAAGGGUACCGGAGACAGCAAGAGAGCCGAUCCGACGGCGCUCGUAGUCCUGCAUCAGUGCGAUCUGGGAGAAUACCUCAGAAACGAAAGCCAUCUCAACUGA